AUGCCAAAAAAAUAUGAAGUAAACACAAGCUCAAAAGUAAAGAAACUUUCUGGUCCACAACAACUGUACUGCGACUUGAUUGAUUGGGCCCAAAGUACUGGGUGUGGAUGGCCAUCUGAUAUUGUCGAGGACAGUGGAAAACAAGCCCUUAAAUCUCUCAGCAAUGCCUUGUGUGAAAAAGAAAUUAAUGAAAGGGUGUCGAAGAUCAUAGGCGCAGAUGACUCUCAGUUAUUGAUUGAUUUACGAGCAACUAAUGGCUCUGAUACAUAUUAUGAUGCCUUUUUUGAAGAAAUGGGAAAGUUCUUUGAAGAACAGAUUUUACAGCAUAUGAAAGAAUUUUGUGUGAUGUUUAGAGACAGUGCUAUGUUCUUAUGCAUGGACGACAAGGCAAUAGUUCCAGUGGGAGAACCAGGAAUCCCUAUAUCGACUGGAGUAAGAGGGCAUAACAAGGUUCUAACACCUUCAGAGGGACCUGUAUUAGUUGCAACUGACCAUGAUUUUCAUCUUUGCGGUCUUGUUCCUUCAGUUGUUCUUGUCACAGAAAUUCCUAGGGACUCCAAAGACAGCUUCUUCUCAGGGGACAUGCAUGUGACAACAAAAGAAAAGUAUGUUGCGCUAGACAGAAAUGAAAUGGAAGAGAAGUAUGAACAGAUGGUUAAAAACUUGUCUUCUCUAACUGCAGUAAGAAACCAAGCCAGACGAAAAGUCUCACAAAUGAGCUUGAAAGGAAACCCUGUUAAAACUUUGAAAGGGGCAUCAGAUAAAGAGAUCACAUCCAUCUUAGAUAUCACUGGUGUUGGCUUUGGAGCAGAUAGUCCAGUAGCCACAGCUGACACAAAAAGCGCUGAAUUGAAGAAAAGCAAGCAUCUGCAGGAUUUCUUUGAGAGGCAUGCAGAAUCAGGCCACUACUGCUUCCAGUUAAAGAAGUGUUCAUCCGAUGAAUGUGGCUACUGCUCCGUCAACCCAGUCCGAGAUCAGGAUGUUUUUGACCGCCUCAGGUUCCUCCCUGAACCAAAGCCGGACGAAAAUGGUGAACACUACCUACCAUUCAGUGAGUUGUUUGGGAAAGCCCUGACCCGUGACAAGUACAGACCCUCAACCAGACCAUGUGGAACCUAUGAUGAGGAAUUACAAAACCAUGAUAAAGAGACUCGAGAAAUUUUGAGGAAUGAGAAGCUUCGAGAUGCUGUCCUUUGCGGAGAAUGUAGCAGGCCAAGAUGUGUCUUCAGUCCAAACAAGCUUGACCGACAACAGGAGGAAUUCUUGCGGAACAUUAAGGCAUGCCAUUCGUAUAUCUAUGGAGAUCAGUUGGAAGAUGCACCUGACCUGUAUGUUCGGAGAUGCGUGACCUGCAGCUCUGAGGUGGAAACAGCUUAUUUCUCAGCCAAGUGUCGGCAUUACCUACCACCAGUGUGCAUCCACUGUGGAUCUCCUGACUGUCUGUUAGAUGACAACGAUGCAUAUGUUGCAGAUUUGUAUACAAAAUAUUCCAUAGUCAGGCCAAUUUGUGUGUCUUGUCGACAUUCUGGAAAAGAGGCAAAAACAUGGGGCGCCAAGAAGUUUGUAAAAAAACAAAAAGUCAAAUGAACUCAUUCAAGCCUUCAAAAGUUCUUAAUUUGAUUUGGUUUGUAAAUGAGACCAAAGCAAAAGUAUGUGUUUAUGAUGACCAUCAUCAUCAUGUUUAUAAAUGUUAACAUGUUGUGAUUGAAAAUGAAAAAUCAUGGAUUGGAAUAAAGAGCAAAUGCUUUAACUUUUAAAAAUAUUAGUGUUUCGUAUUUUCCAGUUUAAUUUCUAUUUCUACAGAUUUUAAUUGUUUUGUGUUAAGAUUAAAGUUGAUACUAGUCAUUUGUGAUGGCACUUUUCUUGGAAAAGUAUGUUUUAUUGUAAAUUGAUGUGUUUUUUAAAUAGUCACGCUAAAUAUUGUUCUACUACUAUUGUUAUAAAUAUAUAUUAUAGUACUAGUCAUUUAAUAAAUAUACUAGAACUGAUACUAGUCUUUUUAUGCCCCCGGUAGGGUGGCAUAUAGCAGUUGAACUGUCCGUCCGUCUGUCUGUCCGAAAACUUUAACAUUGGCCAUACUUUUUGCAAUAUUGAAGAUAGCAACUUGAUAUUUGGCAUGCAUGUGUAUCUCAUGGAGCUGCACAUUUUGAGUGGUGAAAGUUCAAGUUCAUGUAAAAAAAUAAAUAUAUAUUUUCAAAGCAGCGCAGUAGGGGGCAUUGUGUUUCUGACAAACACAUCUCUUGUUUGGCACUCAAAUUAGACAAAUAUAUGUCGCUGUGCUAUGUUAAAAUAAAGGGCUCCUACUAAUCACAUCUAUAAAUAGUUUUGAUUAAAAGGCAUGUGUUUUAUAUUUAAAUAAAAAACUUUAACUAUC